AGGCCCGAGAGCGCCAUGAGCACGCCCACCGUCGUCCCCAGCGCCCCAGGCCCGGGUCCGGGGCCGAGCGCAGGCGGCGGCCCGGGCGGUGUGGGCGUGGGCGGCCCCGGGGGCGGCAGCGGCGGCGUAGGCGUGGGCGGCAGCGGUGGUACCGAGGUUAUCCAGGUGACGAACGUGUCCCCGAGCGCCAGCUCGGAGCAGAUGCGGACCCUCUUCGGUUUCCUGGGCAAGAUCGAUGAGCUGCGCCUCUUCCCGCCCGAUGACUCGCCUUUGCCAGUCUCAUCACGUGUCUGUUUUGUAAAGUUCCAUGACCCAGACUCGGCAGUUGUGGCCCAGCAUCUGACAAACACUGUAUUCGUUGACAGAGCUUUGAUAGUCGUACCCUAUGCAGAAGGAGUUAUUCCUGAUGAGACUAAGGCUUUGUCUCUGUUGGCACCAGCUAAUGCAGUGGCAGGUCUUCUGCCUGGUGGUGGACUUCUGCCUACUCCAAACCCCCUUACCCAGAUCGGUGCUGUACCUCUGGCUGCUUUGGGCGCCCCUGCUCUGGACCCUGCCCUUGCUGCUCUUGGGCUUCCUGGAGCAAACUUGAACUCUCAGUCUCUUGCAGCAGAUCAGUUACUGAAGCUAAUGAGCACUGUUGAUCCCAAGUUGAACCAUGUCGCCGCAGGCCUCGUGUCACCGAGUCUCAAGUCUGAUACCUCCAGUAAAGAGAUAGAGGAGGCCAUGAAGAGAGUGAGGGAAGCGCAGUCGCUGAUUUCUGCUGCCAUAGAGCCAGAUAAGAAAGAAGAAAAACGGAGGCAUUCAAGAUCCAGGUCACGUUCCAGGAGGAGGAGGACUCCUUCAUCUUCCAGACAUAGACGGUCAAGAAGCAGAUCCAGAAGGAGAUCUCAUUCCAAGUCAAGAAGUAGGCGACGAUCUAAGAGUCCACGCCGGAGAAGGUCUCAUUCCCGAGAGCGAGGUCGAAGGUCCAGGAGCACAUCCAAAACCAGAGACAAAAAGAAAGAAGAAAAAGAGAAGAAGCGUUCAAAAACGCCACCCAAAAGCUAUAGCACAGCACGCCGGUCACGGAGCACCAGCCGCCAGCACCUUUGUCCUUGCAGGGAGAGACGCCGCAGGAGGAGUCGCAGCGGAACCCGGUCCCCCAAGAAGCCUCGGUCUCCCAAGAGGAAGCUAUCCCGCUCGCCCUCUCCCAGGAGACACAAAAAAGAGAAGAAGAAAGAGAAGGACAAGGAGCGGCGCGACGAGCGGGAGCGCUCCACCAGCAAGAAGAAGAAGAGCAAAGACAAGGAGAAGGAACGGGAGCGGAAGUCGGAGAGCGACAAGGACGUCAAACAGGUGACGAGAGAUUACGACGAGGAGGAGCAGGGCUACGACAGCGAGAAGGACAAGAAGGACGACAAGAAGCCGCCCGAGCCGGGCUCGCCCAAGGCCAAGGAGGCGCCCGCUGAGAAGGGCGGCAGCGGCGACGCACUGCGGGAGUCCAAGGUGAACGGCGACGACCACCACGAGGAGGACAUGGACAUGAGCGACUGAGGGCCGCCCGCGCCCACGUGCCUCGGCGUCAUUCCCCCGCUCGCUCCCCCGCCCCGUCCGCCCCCAAACCUAGAUGUUCCGAGCUCCGAGCUAGAGACGGCUGGAGGCGCCGCUCCUCGCCCGCCGCCCGGGGCCCGGAGCCGCCCGGCCAGGCCCUGCCGCCGCGUGCGGGCGCCGCGGGGCCCCGACUGACCAGCUGCAUGCAUCUCCAGCAGGCAUGGAUUGUGGAUGUUGUAUGAUCUCCUUAUUAAACUAAGCUCGCGUAGAACCUUUCUAGAGUUUGAUUCCUUCCAGUCCUAGAGCCGCGUAGGGAAUGCACCGACCGCAUGUCAUCGGGGGCCGCCGGGGGCCCAGCCCCCGCCCCGCCUCCUCUCUGUGCGUUUGGUUUGGCUUUCGAGGUUGAAGAUGCACCCGACGUCCUCCUUUUAACGAUUAGGCUUUUGUUUUCCCCCCACCGCCCCGUCUGUAGCCGAUAGCCUCCCCGGGACGCAGCCGAGCCCCCCACCCCAUGUACAGUUUUCGUUGGGCUUUUCUCUGGGUGCGACUGUUGUGAGCGCGCGGGGGGCCGUGCGUUCCUCAUUGCCGUUUGUAUGCUUUUAAGAGUCCCCGAGGACGUCCUCAGGAGCUCCCGCCGUAGAAGGAGAAGGUGGUGUUGGGGGUGCUGUGCGGCCGCGGGGCGCCCCCUCCCACCUAGCUAGUUAGGCCGAGCUGUUCCUAGGUAAGAAGCGAAGUGAGCGACUCCGUACGGUCUGUGCCAUGUUGAUGUACAGUUUCUGCAAUUGUUUUACAAGACUUUGAUAAUAAAACCCUGAAACUUCAGCUCA